GUCGGCGGCUGGAGGCUCAGCUGACUGCAGGCGCGAGGUACCGAGGCGAGCCCGAGCCAGCGGGCACAGAGCCAGCUCUGCCGGUCCAUCUCCAGCCGGCAAACUCUGCCUGCCAAACCCAGGGCCCUCUGCGGGAAUGUUCAAAAAUGAGUACCAGGGAGGCGCAUUUGUUGAAAUUUUUAGCGCUCAGGGGAAAAAUCCUGGAGCAAAGUGGAAGAUCUUGGGCAGUCCAUCUGUGAUCUGGAAAGAGUUUGAUAAAGAAGUUAAAAGCUUUGUGUUUGUCCUGGAAGGCAGCAGCCAAACCAACAGAAUCCAGUUGCCGAAGGAGAAUAAGCAAAUCCUUGGACUGAUCCAGAGGUUUCUUGUGCUACAGAUUUACGUGCCCCUGGGACAGGACUUCUCCACCGAAUUACUAAUUACUGACUUAGGAAACAUCAAAAGAAGGUUGUAUUUAUCAACAGUCCAUAAGGAAGUGUCUUCAACACCUCUUCACGCAAAAAUCCCACUCUUCAUGAUCAAGCGUAAAAUCUGGUGCAAUCUGUGCAUUGACCUGGUCGCCUUCACCAGUGAGAUAUUCAAAGGAGCAGUUUUCCAGUCGCUGGAUGGAAUUAUCGUCUCUGCUAACUGUAAGCUGCGGAAGAUCUUCACUUUGAAAUUCAAGCCUCGAGAGACGGCCGAUAGAGACGAUGAACCCGCAGAUAUUAUUCCACGAAGCUGUCAACUCGCAACAGAUGUUCCGCAUGUCACACAGCUGCUUAACAUGACAAAACUUCGCCAAACUGAAAUUAAAUUUGGAGGUCAUCCUCUAAGAUCUGCAGAAUCAGAACUGUGAUCUGCUAGGAGAAAGGAGAAGACAGGGAGACACGUGAAGCAAUGCUUUCCUGUGGACUGGUUAUCCCUCUUCCAUAGAGUGGUUACUCCCCUACUGAAGUGCACUUAUUCAAGUACUACGGUGAAAGGCAAGUAAUGCUGUCCUCUGUGAAGGAACUGUGGGAAUGGAAGGACUGCAGCGGGAUGCAAGUUCAUUGCCAGUUUAAAAAGGAGCUGCAGUUCAGCUGUGGACAGUGCUGUCCUGCUUGAAUAUGUAUCCUUCAAUUUUAAAUAGUCUCCAAAAAAUUUUUAAUUCAUCUUAUUUUAUUGGCUAUUUUUUAUUUACAUUUCAAAUGUUAUUCCCUUUCCCAGUUUCCCCCCAAAAUUUUUAAAUACCUCCUGAACUAAACAAAAUAUGAGACUUCCCAUGUUCUACAUCUGUACAGACUUAAUCCCAGUUGACUAAAUCAAUGAAACUUUAUAUCAAGCCCAAUAUAAGGUCAACUCCCUAGAUAUUUGAACCCCUAGGAUAUUUUUAAAUUACAACAUUUAACAGCACAAAAUAUUUUUUUCUGAUAUCUGAUUUCUGAUAUCUCCUCUCAGAGAGACUCUUUGUUAAUUUGGUAGUUUUGUUUUUAACAUCCUCCAGUGAUUGUUAUAUGCAGCCAACACUGAGAAUACUGGAUCGCAGCCUGGGAAGGUCAUGUGAUUCAAGUAGCACUCAGAUGUAAGGAGCUAAUUCAAAGGAAGAUAAAGAAACGCCAUAGUGGCCAUAGUGAGAGACCAUCUGUGGAAGAAGUAGAUCCUCGAAGUAUUCUGUGUAUAUUUAUAUAUUUAUAAUAAAUUAAUAAGAUACUUAUAGAAGUGUGUCAGCACAGAAGAUUGAGUAAGAGCAAGGAGAUAGCAAUCUAUCUUUCAGGGUUGCUGAAAAAUAUUCCUUUUUCAAAGGCUUCAUGUAAAGGAAUGGCUUGAGUGACUGAACACUCUGCUAGAACCACACUGUGGGAGUAGCUUACAUUCCUCAAGUAAAGAAGUGGGAUGUUUUAGGAAAGUGAAUUUGACAGCAGGAUGCCAGGUGAAUUUUGAAACAAGGUGAGGUAAAAGACCAUGGAGAGUAACUAACACGUCUCUGCAGUGAUCAGACAUAAAAUGUCAAGGGUCCAGGAUGGCAGAAGCUGGGCCAGUAGAAAGCAGUGGCUCUGAGGGAAGCUGGGGGAACAAUGGCAAUGUGUGGCUUCUCAGAUAAGAGAGAUGGUCAAGAGCGUGCUCAGAACUUGAAAGAAGGUCAGAUAGAAACAGAUGUUUGUGAUGAAGGUUGUUGAGAGCAGGAACCUCCUUAAUCCACCUGUCUUUUCUCUCUCAGUUGUGGAAGUUAUAGAUCCAUAACAAAUCGGCCUCCUUUUUGUCCUUUUUGACAAUACAAAAGGAGUUUGUAUGUCAGUGGGCACUUCAUUAUUAACUCUUGAUUGCACCAUUUCCAAACUCACAGAAAAGCAGAGAGACAAUGUAUGAUGCAAACCUCACCUGCUUUAUAAUCCCCAGCAUUGAGUGGGCCCUUUUGCUGGCAGUGGGGCAAAUGGUGAAAUACAUGUGCAUGCUAUCUAUACUAUGUAGAAUGAGACACCAAGAGAAAUAGGAAGAUUUCACGCAAGCAGUGUUUAUUAAGACACCAUGGGAAGACAUAUAAAAAAGCAGAAACAUAAGCUCACUGGCUUUCAGGUGGCGGCUUACUCUUAAGAUUUGCCACAAAGUACAGGAAGAGUGUUUUCAAUGACAAACCCUGUAAUCUGCACCUAAUAUAGUCUGUUACUUUUCAAUACCAAGAAUGACUAAGCUGUGCUGGGCCAUGAUUACAAGUGAUCACUUUUUACCCUCUGUCCUUCCAGUGGAAUGCUUUAUGAACUGUCUUUAAAAUAAAUACAAGUACAUUCACAAUAUCACUGUCAUUUUUAUUUAAAAGUCUCAGAGAUGCUUAAACGGAAUAAGAUUUAGUAAAUACUAACGACGUCAGUGUUACAACUAAACAAAUAUUUUCAUAGGCUUUAUUCAAACCCAACUUACAGAGGAGAAUAUUAGUAUUUCUUUUGCUAACCCUAUUAGUGGACUCUUGGUGCAUAGUAAUAGUCAAUUCAACUUGAGUCAUGUAUGCAGAGUAUUGCUAAUUGCCAAAACCCACAAGUAUAUUUCUUUUUCUUUGUGGAUACUAAUUAUAUCCAUGUAUAACCCAUUAUGUUUGCUCCUCUUAGGUCAGUGUCGCUGCACAUGCAUGAUAGCCAAAAUGACAUGAACAUACAUGGUACUGUGUGGUUCCCUUCCUCCAAGUACAUUUCAGAAGUCGAUUUUUAUAUAUGUGGACUUUAAAGCUUACUAGAAAGGAACUUAUUAGUAUUCUUUCCCUGUACACGGCGUUUGAUUUGAAAGGCAUUUCUAAUGGUCAUGCCUGGGCAGAUGGUUUUUAACCAUGGAUAAGUGUCUUUAUUUGAACUAUUUGUUUUUGUCUUUCAAAAAGUGGACUCCCACCUUGGAAUUUAAUUGCAUAAGAAAAUGACUCGUGUGCUCGUAUAAUUGGAUGUGUGGUGCUCAUGUGAAUUUUGAUAUUUCAUCAUAAAUGCACAUAUUAAAAGAGCCCAAUAAAGCCUCUAGAGAAGUAACCACUUCCUGUGGAUUUUCACACAACCAAAAAGAAAAAAAGAACAGUUUUUUAACUGUUUUUAAACUGUGUUUUAUUUAAUGUGAUAUAGCUUAAUCAAGAGCAUUGGAUGAAAUUAAUAAAACCACUGUUCCUAAGAAGCCAUUGUUUCCAAAAAGCUCCACAUUCCUGCCAUUUUCUUUAUCAAUUCCCAGUUCACAUUAGCUAAUGACUUUAGGACUGUGAAAUCGAAUAAUCUUACUUUCAUUAAUAGGACCCCAGUUUAAUUGAACCAGAGAAUGUGGUCUGAUUAUUGAAAUGGAGCUUUCAGCAUUAAUGACAAGAUACAGUGGCCCACCAAACACAAAUCAAAAGUAGUAAUUAAAAAUUGGAAGGUGGCUUUCCCUAGUGCCUACCUUUUCACAGCAGGUAUCUUACUGGGCUUACACUUCCUUUUUAAAUAAGAGGAAACUGGCACUCUAACCUCCAACUACAACUUCAGAGUAGCGAAUUAAUGCAUCUAAAGAGAAAAGAAAGACAGAGGGGGGUAAAGAGGGAUGGAAGGAGGGAAGGAGGGAGGGAGGGAGGGAAGGAGGGAAGGAAGGAAGGAAGGAUGGAUAUAUUAGUAAGCUGCCUUUUGUACUGGUAAAAUAAGUAUUACAUUCUUGUUUAGAGUCCAUAUUAUGAAAGGAAGACUCAAACCAAUGACUAAAAUCUACUGUGAAACAGAACCUAAAAUAAAAAUAAAUUAGUGUAGGGACUGGAGUGAUGGCUCAGUGAUUAAAAGUACUAACUACUCUUCCAGAGGAGGUCCAGAGUUCAAUUCCCAGCAACCACAUGGUGGCUCACAACCAUCUGUAAUGGGAUCCAAUGCACUCUACUGGUGUGUCUAAAGACAGUGACAGUAUACUCACAUAAAAUAAAUAAAUCUUUUAAAAAAUGAGUACAUUUUGUCAUAAGAGCCAAGACACCACCUAUAACUCAUGGAUCAGUUGAACUAAUGCUGUGAAAAUGGCUGAAUUGCCAAAACCAAUCUGUAGAUCCAGUGCAAACCCUAUGAAAAUUUCAAUGAAAGUCUUCACAUAAAUAGGAAAACACAAAUCCUAAAAUUCAUUAUUAAAGCACAACAGACCCCAGAUAGCCAAAGCAAUCAUGAGCAAAAGACCAAUGGAAGAGGUAUCAAUUUUUUUAUUUCAAAUUAUACUAUGGAUCCAUAAUAAUAAAAAAGUGCAUUAUACUGGCACCAAAUCAGAUAUAUAGAUCAGCAAAAUAAAAUAAAGGAAAAAAGGAAAAACAAAUGAACAAACAAACAAACCCCCCUCCCUCCACCUCUAUUUUGAGAAAGAUGUCCAAAAGAUACAGUGGAUAAAAGACAGCCUUUUCAACAAACGGUACAGGGAAAACUGGAUAUUCAGAGGUAGCAGGGUGAUUCUAGAUUUUUGUCUCACACUUUGUACAUCAAUCAGUUCAAGCUGAUUAAAGAUAAUUCAUACAUGAUGAGAAACUCUGAAACUGUGGGAAAACACUUUAAGAUACAGCCAUAUGCAAGAACUUUUUGAAAAAUACUCUGAAUGCUCAAGAAAUAACACCAAGAAUUGACAACUCUGGUAUCAUGAAAUUAAAACCUGUUGGUUUAAAUAAUAAAAUAAAAUCUUUGCCAUAUUACAAAGGAGCCCACCAAAGACCAGGCAAGCACAAUCUGUAACCUGCUGAAAGUUUUAUUUUCAGCUAACUGAUACUAUCCUUAGAUAUUUAGGACCCAAGAAUAUCCCCAACCAUUUAGUAUAGGGGACUUUUAAAGACAAAACUAAACCUUGUUAUCUUGCAUGGCAGCUGGAGAGGGAGGUUUUGCACAAACAAGCAGUAUAACAGAAGCUAAGAUAAGCAGUUAGCUACAGGGGGAAGUUUGCACAAGUAGGCAGUUUAACAGGAACCAAGAUAAAUAAGCUGGGACAACUUGACCUUGGGUUCCUAGAAUAGAGCUAAUUAAUUUUCCAUGGGAUUCUCCAUAAAGCAGAUCAAAUUCUGGUUAAACUUAAAUAAAUUCAUCUUGUAUAUUUGAAUUAUGCAUCCUCUUUCCCUAUCUUCGAUAAAACAAAACAGCACAACUGAUCAUAUUUCUUCAUUAAAAUGUUUCAGUCUAGAAGGAAUUUGGAAUGGAUAUUGACAGCUGGAAAUGCCUAGACAGUUAGAAUUGGUCAUUGUGCAAACAUGAGACCCAAAGUUUGGAUCCCAGCACCCAUGAACAAAGCCAGGCACCCUAAGCAUACCAGUCACGAGGUCUGAGGGAUAUGGAGACAGAAGGAUCAUGAUCUUGAGUGCUUGCUGCCUUCUAGCCUAGCCAAGAAAACAGGAGUCCAGACUCAGGGAGUGACCCUGCCUCAAAGGAAUAUCUGGAAAUGAUAGAGGAAAAUACCUGAUGCCCUCUUUUUACCUCCAGUAUGUGUACCUGCACAUAUUUUCUUUCACAUAGACACAGAAACAGAUACAAAUAAAUACUUCUUAGAAGGAUAUUGAUCAGUGCUUCUGAGGUCUUUUAUAGAAAACAUUAUCAUAAACCACUUAUAGAGUGAAUUUUUUCUAUGCAAAUUAUACAGUAAUACACAUAGCAUUAACUAAUAAAUCGUGCUUAAUCCACUUGAUACAUGUGUAAUUGUUCUUAUACCAAUCUUUUGUGUUCCAUCUCCUUUUUUAAUUUAAGUUCCAUAGACCCUCCUGCCUUGGUCUCCUAAACAUAGAGAUCACAGGUGUGUGCUCCCAUUCCUGGCACAUUUCUCCUUUAGCUAUUUGAUACAAUACUGCUUGAAAUAACAAGACCCAAAGGCAAGCCACUUAUGCACAGUUGGGGACUGGUUCAAAAGCAUAUGGUAAGCUUUUGUGUAGCUGUGCAAAGAGCAGUGUACUCUGUCUGUCAUGGUCUGGAAUAUGGUCUCAAAAAUGGAAGCCUAGAAUUAUGUCCUAACAUAGUCCCACUGAUGGAAUAAAAGACAUUGUGAUCUAGGUAUGACAUAUGUGGAAAUUUUAAAUACAUGUAAUGAUUACCUCUGGAAGCAGGGACUAAUGCAGACAGGGGUAGGAGGAAGAACGGGCUUUCUCAAGACACAGUGUAUUAGAGAAUUUUAAUUUUCUAACUAUAUCAAUGGUUCAUGUUACUUAUUCAUUAUGUUAGACCAAUUACUGAACAUUUGUAGAUUCUUCUUUAUAUAUUAUGAAGCUUAAAAGUUCCUGAGAAUUGCUAUUAAAUUAAAAUAUAUUUCUCUACCAAAUAUUAAUAUUUUCCUAAUAAGAUACAAUGGAAGCUGGAAUUUGGUGACACACUUAGCACUCAAGAGGCUGAAGCAGAGGGACUUUAAGUUUGAGGCAAGCCUGUGCUGCAUAGUAAAUAUUAAUAUUAUUUAAAUAUAUGUUGAUCAUUUUCUUCCCCUCUCCAAGGUCCUUCCAGAUCCUCUUCCCUUCCCUACCCACUCAACUUUAAGUUCUUUCUCAAAAAAACAAAGAAAAACUCAAUACAACAACAAAAUACCAGAAACCUAGAAGACAAAAAGAAAAAACAAAACAAACAAAAACCCACCAAACUGUAACCAAAUAAUAGAAACAAAACUACCAAAAAAAUGUAUAGUCCAUUAAUAUUGGUCAACUACACCUAAACUCAAAGCCUGUCCUGAAGUUGUUGAUAUACCCAAUAUCGCUCUGUUGAUUUUCCCUCUCCCAGCACAUAUAAGUGACACUUCAGUUGUUAACCUUCAUCCUAAUGGCUAGGUUUUCAUUCAUUCAUUUUGUGAUACAGCAAAAUAAGAUAAAACAAAAACUGUUACAUUGAAGGUAAAAAGGUAACCCCACAAAAGGAAAAGCACUCCAGAGGAGUCACAGGAAUCAGAGGCCCGUUUGUUUGCACACCCAGGGAUUCCUUUGUUAGGAAUCCCUAAACACACUGCACUGGAAGCCAUGAUGUACACAGAGAGGGCCUGAUGCAGCCCAUGUAGGCCCAGUGCUUGCUGUCUCAGUCUCUGAGUUCACAUGAGCUUCCCUCAUGUUGAUUUAGAUGGCCCUGUUCUCCUGGUGUCCUCCAUCCUCUCUGGCAUUUACACUCUGGUUCUGUGGGUAGGAAUUUGGUCGUGACAUCCCACUUAGAGCUGUGUCUUCCAUGGACUCUCACUCUCUGCGCAGUGUCUAGCUGUGGGUCUCUAUAUUUGUUCCCAUCUACUGCAGGAGGAAGCUUUUGUGCUGAUAGCUGAAUAAGGCACUGAACUAUGAAUAUAGCAGAAUAUCAUUGGGAGUCAUUUAAUCAUUACUUUUUUUUUCUUUUAGAUCAAUAUUAUUUGGUUUUGCCCUAGAUGCCUGGGCUAUUUAGUCUUUGUUAGUAACCCAAGGAGUAUCAGGUAUGGACCUCAUCUCAAGGAGUGGGUAUUAAGUCAAAUCAAUUAUUGUUUGGUUACUCCCAUAAGCUUUGUAUCACAAUUGCCAUAGCAAACCUUGAGGCAGUACGCCAUUGUAGAUAAAGGAUUUGUGGCUGGCUUGGUCUUUAUGUUUCUCUUUUGAGAGCAUGUAGAGUAAUUUCCUGUACCAAAGAUACUGUAAAGUAGAGGGGAAGUCUCUCUAAAGGGACCAGCUUGACAUCUCCAUCUUCAGUGUGUAGGUCUUGUCUUCAACAAUGGACCCCUGCCGUCAAUUUGCAGAGAGAAACCUGUAGCCUUGACAACAGCCUGCAUUGUUUGGGGGUUGCCAUUUGGUCCUUCUUGACCAACAACUCAAUUAGAUAUAACCCAAACUCAGUACUGGAAGCUUCGCUGGGUAAAAAGAGAUGGCUAGUUAGGGCUACGACUCCUCCAUUAUUCGACUUAUUUGAUCACCUUCACAACACACAUGAUAAAUAGACAGACAGACAGAUGGAUAGAUGUUGGAGGGGGACACUACAGGGACCCAUUUAUGGUUGUGUUCCCUAGAAACUAACUUAGUACUUAGCUACUUAAUACAAAUACUUACCAGGAGCCCAGGAAAGACUUGCUGACUGAGUGAUCAAAUGAAUAUACAAAAUGAUGCUACCCAGAUGACUUGAACAAUUAAUCAUGGUCAUACCCAAAGCUAGCAUUUAGUGAGCUGUUGCUGUGUUCCGCGCUCUACAGCGCAGGCACGGCUGUUGCACUUUAAUUCUCACGCAGCCUACUGUGGCAACACCAUCGAAAUGACACUCACAGACGAGGAAACUGAUCUGUCACAGAUGAAAAGAGCGAGCGGCCGAGCUGGCACACGAGCAGAAGGCUGGCGUUGGAGGUGCGUCUUCACUACUGACUCCCUCCACAAUCUCCCCUCGGUCGGUAUCUUGAAGAUUAUUUCCCAGAAGCCUGCUGGAUUUAUGGGGAAAUGCCCUAUUUCCAACCCAAAUCCUGGACAAAAUAAACUAUUUCUUAUUCAGAAUAGAACGCUUUCUCAAAAUAAAACCAUGUCUCUUAAAAUUAGUUUUUUUCUCAUAAGCAUAAGGAAUAAAACUAGGCUAAUUCUUCUUUGUCAAUAAAUCAAGACCUUGUAGAGAAAACUAUAUCCUGCACACUUGUAUCCUUGUAUCUUGUGGAGCUGGCCAAGCUUCGCACACUAUCUGAGGUCAGCACAGAAAGAUACAAUCUAUUUGCAGUUGUUAAUAUUAUUUUAUUGCCUUUAAAAAGUGUCACAAACUUUUCUAUUAAUGAGAGAAGUACAUACUGGUUUUAAUUAUUUGCAGAAGUUGAAGAGGGAUUAUAAUCUCCCAGAGCCUUUCCCGCUUGAGGCAUUUACCUCUCUGCUUUUCUUUUCAUCAUGUUUCCAUGGCUUGUAGACUGACAGUUCUCCAACAGUCAGAAAACAGCAUUCAAUUGAAUACCACACACUGGGCAUUGACUCAAAUUAGCCAGUUACCCCACAGCCCACCAGUACCUUUUGGAAUGCCUUACCUACCAGGCACUAAAGCCUUCUCUUAUCUUCUGCGCCCCAACCCUCAACUCCCCUACCUUUGAAAUAAGACAUUAAAGUCAUAUGUCAGCUGCGUAGUUCCUCAUAGACCUCAUUAACCUCUUGACAUGCAUUGGGUUAUAAUAUUCAUGAAGUUUUGGUUCCGAUCAAUAGAGUCAUUAAUCAUCCAUUUUUGAGAUAAUGUGUUUAUACUUAGACGGCUUUAUAAAAUUGCACAGAAAACAAAUAUUGCAUAUGGGAAGGAUCUCAUGUAGUCCCCUCUAAUGUAUAUUAAAUGAAGACAAUAUCAUAUAACUUUUUUAAAAGGUAAAUGAAUACAAAUGUGGUUUUUGAGCCCCUGCUCAAACCAUGAGCAUAGCUUAAUUUCUUCAUCUGUGUACAAAGAAUGAGAACAUCACACAUAGCAGAGGACUGAGAACCGUAUAGGUAUCCAUCAUCCUUUAGGUCUAAGUGAGAAUUCCUUGGCCCCAGAGAUUAGACACCAAGCCCUGUUGAGCAAAGUAGAACCAUUUAUAUUUUGUCCUUGUAAUCCUUGAUAAUCAUAAUCAUUGAUUUGUCACCACUGUACCCAAGAGGGUACAGCCUCCUUGGAUGAGGUAGUGUUGCCUCUUACUCCCUGUCUCAGUCAGCGCCAGCCAGGCAGCACCCAGUCACUGCUAAGGAAUGAUGAAGAAAGGAAAAAGCGAGUGAGUAAGAGUCUGUAAGCUUUAAAUGUUAUUCAAGGUGGGAAGGUAUUAACAACCUGUUUACUAGCCGUCCACUCCCUCCGAGACAUAAUGUAAGCAUGUAACGUGUCUGGUUUCAUACAGUCUUAGCAGAAAAUGCCAGGACUUAAUUACAUUGUUAUCCCAAUCUUGUCAAUGAAGACAAUAAGGCUUUAAAAGGUCAGAUGCCUCGUCCAAAAUAAUAUUGCCAUACUAGAAUCAACUUUUGUUCAUGUUUUGUAUGUGCUGUCAAACAACGCAAUACGCUAAAAUAAAAAUCAACCGAAAACCUGGACCCUGACACCAAGUUCACUGUUAGGUGAAACUGUUAGACAUGACCCUAGUGGUGAGGACUGAAAUGUAGCAGGUCUGGCUGGCUAAGCUUUGAAAACCUUGUAAGCUUAAAUGACGAUAAUAAUUAGAACAUUGUAUCUUGAGACCAAAAAAAAAAAAAAAAGAAUAUUUAUUUCUAUAAAAGACAAUUAGAGAGUACAGCCUCAGGUUUUACGAUCUUAACUACAAAGGCAUGCACCCAUCAGUAAAAUAGCAAAAUAAUUAAUGGUAAAUCCCUGACCUCUAUCAAGUUCACUUUCUACAAACUCAAGAAAAUGAAAUGCCUCGAGCAGGAUUUUAAUCUAAUCUUGAUAUUUAACCUCACUUUUAUGCAGUUUGAUGUCAGCCUUUAAAAUAGCUACUUUUAAAAUUCAGAACACACGCAUUUCUGCUUAUAGUUUUCUUCUAUUAAGAUUUUUCUUGUUAAAAAAAAAAAGCUUAGUCCCUUCUACUUCUUAUUUUAGAAACCAAAAACCUAAAUUGCUUAGCCUUGUAGGAUUUAAUUAGGAGCCUAGCCAAAUGAAUGCAUAAUGUAAUGCACGUUAAUGGAGAAUUAACUUUGACAGCUAAUAUGAUUCUAAGCAGUGAAUUAUUAAGACAAAGAAGGAUUUGCAAAACUGGUAUGUUCGUUGUAGUAUCAAUCAUAAACUUAUCUUAAGUAAUGGAGUGUUUGUACACUUUUAUGGGCAAAAAUGUAAACUUUUUAUAAAUAGACUUAAAUUUAAAUAUAUUGGUGGUGGCUUAUUCUGUAACCCCGACAAUAGGUCCUUUCCUAAAAAUCCAGUAUAUUAUCUGGAGAGUGUAAGACAGUGCAAAGAUUCCUCCUUCUUGUACUCCUACUGAGGCCAUUUCAGGCUUAACUAGAAUUUGCUUGAUGGGGAGUCCCAUGAAAAUUGCCCAACUCUGCUCUAGGAGCCCAAGAUCAGGAUGUCCCAGCUAACUAAUCGUACCUUUUGCUAAACUGCCUUUUAUUCAAUCCUCCCCUUUCCAGCUAACUGUUUUUCUGAGCUUCUGGUAAAACAGAUUGCUUCAGAUGACUUACUUUUGCAAAAAACAAAAACAAAAAAAAAAAAACCCUGUGGCUACCAAGUAAGGUCCCAGGACAUGGUUUCUGCCUUUAAUAACUCUGUGUUCUAGAAAACUCAGGGCCACUCAGGUCUGCCUGCCCCCAAACACUCGGGUGUGGUAUUAGCUGUCUAGAAUAAAGACUUUAAAUGGCUAUAAACUUUAUCUAAGGUCUCAUCUCUGGUAGACUCUCAUGACACUGGUGAUUUAGGAUACGACAGCAUUUCUGGUUUACCUGUAUCUUUAAUACUCACUGCACGUCCAUCACUGGGUGAAAGACUCCUUGAAGAACCAGAGAACUAUGAAGACAUAGAUGCGAAAGGGAUCACUUUAACUGCGAGCGGAGAGGCAGGAUAAUAUAAAAGGGAAACUAAAUAACACUAAGGAUAUUUGAUAAAGCCGUUGGGCAGGGGGAGGAGAGAGAGAGAGAGAGAGAGAGAGGGAGAGAGAGAGAGAGAGGGAGAGAGAGAGAGAGAGAGAGAGAGAGAGAGAGAGAGAGAGAGAGAGAGAAACACAGAGUUUCAGGGAAGCCGCACUAGUUGAGGUGAUAAUACUCCCAACAUGAGCCAUAGACUACCUAACAAAACACCCAGUACCAGGCACAAGAAACCUUCCGAGUCAUUGCCUAUGAGAGAGUUCAAGAGACUCACAAAACAAGAUAGUCUAUUGCCAUUGCCCUUGAGUGCCUCCCAGAAAGUGAAGGUGCCACACUCUGCAGACACAGGGCUAGAGAGAUUCAAUCUAGGACUCACUUGAAAGCUGCCCUCCCCCCACGCCCCCGAUGUCUAGUUCUCGGUAUCAGAAGGUGCUAUGAGAGCAUCCAAGAGAGGGAAGUAAUCAGUCGUCCCGCCUGGCUGUACAGCCUGUGAACCAUAAUGACCAGCCUGGCAAGGGAUCCCCAAUAGUAAGUAUCAGCACGUGUUUUAGGGGUAACUAACAGCUGUCUAAUUGGAUUUAAGGUUUCACUCAAUAGGAGUAACUUCAUGCCUGAUACUAUCAACCUAGCCAGCUGCCUGGAGAAGUACUAACGCCAUGUGCCUAAAGCAAUGAAAUUUCCAAGUUGUGUUUUAAUAACACGUAUCCUUAUACCAACGGAUAAGUAUAGCUCUUGUCAUCAUCAUCAUCAUCAUCACCAAAGAAGCUUAUUCUACAUCAGGUGCAGACCAUUAGAGACCCACAAGUGAAGAAAAUACAAUAAAAAAAAUGAUCAUGAAGUAUUGGCCCAAAUUGAUAAGUCUAUAGUACAUCCCCGACACUGACGCCUCAGGAAACAGAGGGUAUGGAUGUUGCAAGAGCCACAGGCCAGGGUGCCUUGCUGUUAGACAGUGUCCUCCAGACAUGAUGGGGAAGCUACACCCAUAAAUUUUCAACAAUAUGAUUGUCCAAAAAGAACCCUGCAUAAUGGCCAGCGUGCAUGGGAGAAAUCUCACAGGUCUCACCCCUAGAUAAUGAGCCACAGGCAGUCAGCGACUGCGGAGACAAGAAUUGGUUUUCUCCGAGGACAAGCUCCACGAUGUUAGCUAAUCCCAAGCGCAGCCCUAAACACAUGCCAUGCUAAAUACACUCAGUAGGUUCUAUACACAUAUGCAUGUACACCCGUCGUGUAUGUGUGCAUGAUAUGUGUUAUGUAUAUAUGUAAAUGUGUAUAUAUGUACCAGUAAUUGAAGAGAUCAUGAAUUUGAAUGGAAGUGGGUGUGGCCAUGGUAAUAGUCGGAGGAAGGAGGCACGCGUAAAAUUCUCAGAAAAAUAAAAUAUUUCAAUUUAGAAAGUUCUAAGUGUAAGAUGAGCAGUUGGUGGGUUCUUUUUUAAUAUUGAGGAUGGGACUUCCUCAAUGUGGUUGCUAAACUCUCCAAGCCCAAGCCCUGUAUUAAUCUUACAUUACAUCCGUAAUUUUGGUGAAAUUUAAUCAUUUUCUCCCAUGUGCUUGGCAGACAGGCACAUAGAAUACAAAAUGAAUGGUCUUUCACAGCAGAGAACUUAAACUGGUUGGAAGGAAACUGAAUUUAGAUGAUGAGCAUAAGGACAAAACAAAACGAGGACAUCAGCCUCGUGAGGGAUCUGAAGAGAAAGAUGACCUGUACCUGGACAGCUCUCAGGGCAGAGAAGGAAGGGCUCUGCCCAUGUGAUUCCAUCCUCCAUAGGCCCUCACUGCAUCCUACCGAGCCUCGCAGUACUCUCAUCUAGUAAGCAUUCUACUUGAUCAUCAAAACUACAGAUGAUAACCGUAAUAGGUUUCACAAAUAGCCUGGAAUUGGAGUACAGUUCUUUUUUCUACUUUCAACCUGAGAAACUAUGUCCUGUUGGUUCAGAUGAACAUUUAUAGUAAAUGGAAAAAUACAGAAGCAAGUGGGGGAGGUGUGUCUGUUUGAUAGUAGGAAGUUCUGAAUGUCACCCAACAGCCUAUUGUGAAAGCCUACUGACCUUCAGAGCCUAGCCGCUCAGGGUAACUGUAACCUUUCCACCCUAACCUUCACAUCCUCCUCACUGAUUCGCACAGGAAAACCCCAGGUAGAUAUAUGUUGCUGUUGUUGUCAUUGUUGUUGUGGUCAUAAUUGGAAACAUCUGAGGUUUUAAUCCAGCUUCCUUUUGUAUUCAGUACGAUGCAUUCAUUUGCCUUAGCAAGAAUAUAUUAGAUGCUCACUCCAUGUCAAGAAGUGACACCAACUAAAGAAGGCCACCACCGACUUUUUAAUCCAGUGGAGCACUACAGGAAAUGCCGUAGAGAUAUAUAAACGUGAAUUUCCAGCAAGUUCUCUGAUGAGGGGAAAUCUCGUCUUCAUGAGAAAGACACAGAGACGUGUCUGAAGAAAUGAUAACUCAGACAUUAAGACAGAGAAGAAGUAAGCAUUUCCUCACCCCAGGGGUGACGUGCAGUGACACCUUGGAGGAAGAACUGUAAAGCCGUAGAGUGGAGAGAGCAGGGCCCAAGGGGUAGGAUGGAAGGAAAUAUCAGGGCAGGUGUUUACAGGAGGCAAGGGCUUUCAGAACAACUGGGUAGCCACUGGGGUGCUGAAGUGAAGGAAAGUGAAGGAGAUGAUACACUUCCCUUUCUGUAAGACCUCUGGCUGCAUUCUGGAGAAAGUACAGAACACUGGAACAGUCGCAAGAAUACCUUGGGUAAUUUGUAUACUCACCAUUAUUUGAGAAUUACUAUAGACAGACUGUUUUAUUAAGAUACUAAAAACAUUUUGCCCUAGGGAAAUAAUUUAGAUAGAAUUAAUUCAAUGGAACAUCAAAAUAUGUAUUGUCUUCUUUUUUAGGUAAGCAAUUUAAAUAAAAUUAUUCACCACAACUAAACAAAUAUCGAAUUGUAUGUUUCUCAGGCAUUUUUCUAAAGACUAUCAGUCAUAGAAAUGGCAGAUACGGUGUUUCCUCCUGAGGAGUCUCGAGGGAUGUGAUCCAAGAGAAGCAGCUCACCAAAGCAGUGGGAAUGAAAUGAAUGAAACGGAGGGCUCAAGACCAGCAAGUGUGGGAUGCGCUAUGCAGAAGGAAAGGAGCGUCUCAGUGAGGAGGAAGGCAGAAAGGGCAGGCAAGCUCAGGAUGACACUAGGGACUCAACUCACUGGAUGGAGAGGCUGGGGCCCAGUGGAAAGACUUAGAACGCUAACAGCAUAUUUUAAUGUGUGGGCAGUGGAGGAACCAUGAAGGUUUCAGGGAGAAAGUAAACAAACCAGGGCUACUUCGAGCCUGGCAAAUGUUUCCUGUCACCUUUUCUACUUGGCAUACAGACAAAUUACCUCUUUAAGCCUAUUCUGCAGGUACGCAGACGGCGUGACUGAGUUUGGGAAAUGGAAUCUAAGGUGUGCCAGCCCCUUCCGAGUUUCUAAAAUUUCUCUCAUAAUCCUUUGUUUUCUUGCCUGAUAAGAAACACCCUAUAGAUUCUAUAUAUCUGACACACUAUUUGCAUUUUGAUGUUGGCAUCGAAACAGAACCUGAAGACGUACUGUUGACAUGGCGUCCGUUAUUUCCCGCUAACAGGCUAUAUUUUUU